GCUUUUAUGUGUGAAAUGUGGACAAUUAUCGACACUGGCAAUCCAGCGUUCACGCACAUUACUAAAAUGCCAUCGUUCAAGUCCCCGCUUUCUAUGCAAAAUACGAGGCUGAAUCCGUCAUUUAACGUGGAAACCACCGCAGUUGCCGCUUACAGCAGCAAGACUCCCGGACAAUCUUCAGAUACCAUUAAAUGGAUCUUCACUCCUUUGCUCACUGCGAAAGAAGCUUGUACAUCUGAAUUGAUGGGGCUUAAAUUGAUCUUAACGGUGGUGUUUCUUUUAGUGUUCAUCUCUGCAACUGUUACUGCUGAGUACAUCAGACCUCCACCUCGCAAAACCUUGCAUUUUCCAUGGAGUUCCAGACCUUCUUCUCAUCCUCAGCAGGUGCACAUCUCUUUGGCUGGAGACAAGCACAUUCGAGUCUCAUGGGUCACUGAUGAUAAAUCUUGUCCGUCAACUGUUGAAUAUGGAACUUCGCCUGGAAGGUACAGUGCUAUAUCUCAUGGGGAGAGCACAUCUUAUAAUUACCUAUUUUAUAGCUCUGGACAGAUACACCACACUGUCAUUGGACCACUGGAACCUAACGCUGUUUACUUCUAUCGAUGUGGAGGAGAAGGUCCAGAAUUCCAACUGAAAACUCCUCCAGCUCAGUUGCCAAUUACUUUUGCUGUGGCUGGAGAUUUAGGCCAAACUGGCUGGACUAAAUCAACUCUAGACCACAUUGACCAAUGUAAAUAUGAUGUGCAUCUGCUUCCUGGGGAUCUUUCAUAUGCAGAUUACAUGCAGCAUAGGUGGGACACAUUUGGCAAAUUGGUCGAGCCCCUUGCCAGUGCAAGGCCAUGGAUGGUGACUGAAGGGAAUCAUGAAGAAGAAAGCAUACCGAUAUUUAAGGAUGGAUUCCAAUCCUAUAAUUCUAGAUGGAAGAUGCCUUUUGAGGAGAGUGGUUCAAGUUCGAAUCUUUAUUAUUCUUUUGACGUUGCAGGAGCGCAUAUUAUUAUGCUUGGUUCUUAUACGGAUUAUGAUGAAUACUCGGAACAAUAUAAUUGGCUUAAGGCUGAUCUUGCUAAGGUAGACCGGAAGAAGGUACCUUGGUUACUUGUACUAUUCCAUGUGCCAUGGUAUAAUAGCAACCAUGCUCAUCAAGGUGAAGGGGAUGAGAUGAAGGCAGCUAUAGAGCCAUUGCUUUAUGGUGCUGGUGUGGAUAUAGUGCUAGCUGGGCAUGUGCAUGCUUAUGAACGCACGAAACGGGUUAAUCAGGGAAACUUAGAUCCAUGUGGUGCUGUUCAUAUAACCAUUGGAGAUGGAGGAAACAGAGAAGGUUUAGCCCAAAAAUACAUAAAUCCACAGCCAGAGUGGUCAGUCUUCCGUGAGGCAAGUUUUGGUCAUGGCGAACUCAAAUUAGUGAAUUCAAGUCAUGCCUACUGGACCUGGCACAGAAAUGAUGAUGACGAGCCUGUUAGGUCUGAUCAAGUUUGGAUAACCUCUUUGGCUAGUUCAGGAUGCUUGCAUGAAAAGAGGCAGCUAAGGAAGAUUCUAAUGGGACCAUAGAACGGUUGCAUCUCCACUUCCCACGUUCCUAGAUUUCAAAAGAGAGUUCAUGCUUCGCAGGUCAAUGUAAAUAUUCUACAUGUUGUGUUAAUCGAAUAGUUGAUGCUACAAUUGUAGAUUACCUAUGUGAUACCGACCAACUUCUUGUGUCGGACCCAAUGGGUAAUCAAGCUCUUAACUCCAGUCUGUAUGUUAUCCUUCACCGGUGUAUGACCGACUGGGAAUAGGCUCUACUAAGUUUUACAUAUAGUAGCCUUUGACCCUUGUUUUGUUGUUGAAUGAAUUCAACUUUAUCUAUUGUCCGAUAUGAAAGAUCAAUAUUUUGGUCCA